UGAUGGAGAGGUGGACGUUCCAGUGCUACGGAAUAAAAGAGGUCAGUUAAGACAUGCCCUGUCCGAGGUAUUACCUACUGAAGAUCCAAGGCGACACAGUCAUACAAUGACAGAAGCCAAAGAAUAUGCCUUCAGUAGACUGCAACAGGAGUUAAAUAUAGCACAGUCUGAGUUGAAGUUAAAGGAUGAAGAGUGUGAAAAGUUGCUGAAAGUUCGUGAUCAAAUAGGGGAGGAGCUGGAAGAACUAACUGCGAGCUUGUUUGAGGAAGCAAACAACAUGGUGCAGGAAGCAAAUCUUAAAAGAAUACACACUGAGAAACUGUUAGGAGAGUCAAACCAACAGGUAGAGGUUUUGCAAGCUGAGGUCAGUGCACUAAAGCAGCUGGUGUUGACAUCAACACCAAGUUCCCCGAACAAGCAUCUUCAUCCACAAAUAGCAGAUACAGAGGCAGCAAAUAAAGAUAAAAAGAAAGAUAAAAACUUGAAACCAUUCUGGAAAACUCAUCGCAGGUCGACAAGUCAUCACCAGUUUACUAAAGAAGACAGAAUACAGACAGAAACAGAUCGUAUGUCACAUAAUGAUCAUUGUCAAGAAAUAGAUGAUGUUUGUUUUGAAGAGUUUCGAACUUGGAGGCGAAAUCCAUCUAUGUCGAGAAAAUGUCCAUUCAUUUCUAGAAUAGCAGCAGAAGAUAUUUGUACCUGUCUCAACUUUUCAAAUACUCUACUAGCAGAGAAGGUAUUGACAUGUGUGGAAAAUAAUACUCUAGCUAUAGAACCAGUUGGCGGUGACCAUGUUUACGUGAAUGAGUGUCAGCUGUCAAAGAUUGUCAAAGUAUGUAAUUACAAAGUAAAACUGGGAGAUGACAAUGAGUGGUAUAAUAUAUCUCAACACUGUAGAAAUAGAAUUGCUGCUGUGUGUGAUUUUUUCACCUAUGUUAGAUAUAUACAACAAGGGCUUGUGAAGAGUGAAGAUCGGAAUGUAUUCUAUGAGAUUGUGAGAUUACGUAAACAGAUGGCAUUAGCAAGACUAGGAUAUGUUUGAUGACAAUAUACACUGUAUAAAACUAACUGUGAUGGAGUUAUUCCCCUUCAUUCAGGGCCAUAUUGGAUUUAUCUCCCUUCAUUCAGGGCCAUAUUGGAUUUAUCUCCCUUUAUUGACCUGCUUGUACUGAAACUGGUUUCUUUCAGCAGGAAGAUGUAGGACUAAGUGUUGUAUUUGUCUUAAUAUACACUCUGAACUAUUCAGUCAACGAGAAUACACAAAAUGUCUGUUAAAUUCUGACAGUUUCUGAUGACAGUUCCCGACAGCUGUCAUAUUUUAACAGUGUCUGGUGACUCUAUGAAAAAAUUCAGACAAGUAUUGUGUUGCCAUUGCGAGAUAAUCUGUAAUUUUUGGAGUGUUAUCCGUUACAGAAAGAGUAAGGAGUACUAGGAAAGCUGCGGAUCUAAAAUAUGAAAGAUUAUUUGUAUUAUUAUAGAAGUUUUUCUUUAAUGCAGUGUAUUUUUGGUAAACAGACUGAAAAAAAUACCUAUUCUUAACUAAAUUAAGACGGUGAAAUAAACAAUUUUAUGAAUUGUCUGAUAUACUCCCCUGUUUGUUUGUUUGUUUGGUUUUAUAUAUAAUUUUAGACUAUGCAGUUGCAUUGCACAGAAUUCUUAUUCCCACAAAAUUCAGUUUUUAUUUAAUAACAAAAAAAAUCAUUUGUGUUUUAUCAAGAUAUGCAGAAAUAACCCUUAGUUAUAUGUCAUUGACAAGGCAGUUUAAUGAAGUUUAGAAAUAUAAAUCCAGUUCUAUUCAGUAUAAAUCAUACAUAUUGUUACUUUGAGUAUAUUUAUACAUUUCCUUUUAUUUUAAAUUUGUUUUGUUUUUAAACUUUGUUCUUUGAUUGAAAGUAUGAGCCUUUAACAUACAGAGAGCAUUGACUAUUACUGUUGAGUUAUUCAUCAUGGAUCCUAUAUGUAUGAGAACAAAGCAUUAUUCAUCAUUUCGUUAUUUUGCUUCUCUUUUCGAGUUUUGAUCAAAAUAAGACAUAGUAGCCCAGCGCUGCACAGACUUUGAUUUUAAAAAAAUUGCCAAUUUUUUUUUUCAUUUUCUCUUGCCUUGUACUGUGUGGGUAAUGUCAUGUAUUUGUACUGUGGAGAAUUUUCAGUCUUGUACCGGUAAAAUGAAACUAGAAUCAAAAUAUUUUUUAUAUGUUUUGUAAUGAUCUUUUUCAUCGCUUAAAGCAGCAUGCUUCCAGUUUCAUGCUAAUUUUCGCGAAAAUUUUGAAAAUCUUGUUUUGAUGAAAAUUUUGAAAAUGUAUUUAAAAAUAGAAUAUUGUGAAGAGAACAAAGGAAGUAAUUUACACAUUGCAAACUGAACAUAAAAGCCGCAUAAAUUACCAACAUGGUAAUAUAUUUAGUCGUGCAGUAGAAAUAUAUAUACUGCAAAAUCAGUCAUUAAUCACAUAUGAUAUGUAAAUUACUACUUGACUUGUGAAUCUUUUUACUUUUUUUUUAAUCUUAAUACAUUUUUCUCAAGUUUGAUUUUCUUAAAUAUGUUUUUCUCAUCUGGAGGCAUGCAGCUUUAAUAACAUGAUAUAUGUGCUAUAUUAGCAUCAUUUCUUAUUUGUCAUGUGAAAUGACAUGUAAAGCUUGGAAGAUAAUCAUUCCAUGAAAAUGUCUGUUGGAUCAGAGGUUAUUAAGCAAUUUUCUCAGCUCUAGACUUUAAUCUCAGGUAUUUGAUUGGUCAGAAAUCGGCACAGAAUGUACACCUUAC